CGUUCGAAUCGACACACGUGCUGUAGGUUACUUCUCGUAAUUGUUGGUAUUUCAAGUGAUUUUAAUUUAUAAAAACAAUAAUAAAUAUGAGUGAUAAUGAAAACGAACCCGUCGUGUCUUCCGACGAGGAAGAGGCGAAACAGUUUCACGAGUUUGGUUUGGACGAUAGAUUAUUGAAGAGUAUUGCAAAAUUGGGAUGGGCCGAGCCAACGAUUAUCCAGGAAAAAACCAUCCCACUCAUUCGUAAUGGAAAAGAUGUUUUGCUCAGAGCCAGAACUGGUUCUGGAAAAACUGGUGCGUUUAUAAUCCCUGUUAUUCAGGACAUUUUAGAACACAAAGAUAGAAAUGUUGAUGCACCUCGUAAGACAAGAUGUUUGGUACUUGCACCAAGCAGAGAAUUGUGCAAACAGAUCUAUGAAGUGAUCAUAGGUCUUACGUCCAGCUGUCGCAAAUCAGUCAGAGUUGUUGAUGUGAGUCAACAAUUGGUUACAGAUGCUCAUAAACCCUUGUUAAAGGACAAUCCUGACAUAGUUGUUACCACUCCGGGUAAUGCAUUAGAUCAAUUGAAAGCUAACAAUUUAAAUGUCAAAAACCUGAAGACUCUAAUCAUUGAUGAGGCUGACUUGGUUUUCUCAUUUGGUUUUGAAGAACAAAUCAAGGAAGUAUUAACUUUCUUAACUAGUAAUCAUCAAUCAGUUUUAGCUUCUGCUACUUUGUCAGAAGAUGUUUUAACUUUAAAAAAAUUAGUUUUACGUAAUCCAGCUAUUUUAAAAUUGGAAGAAGCUCCAAUUGCCCCAUCAACUCAGCUCAAACAGUAUGUUUUAAAUGCUGAAGAAAAUGACAAAGCUGCUAUUCUGUACUCCUUACUGAAAUUGAGUUUGGUCAGAGGCAAGACUAUCAUAUUUGUCAAUACAGUUGAUCGUUGUUACAAGCUCAAGUUAUUUUUGGAACAAUUUGGCAUUAAAUCAUGUGUACUUAAUUCAGAAUUACCUGCUGUAUCCAGAUGCAGAGCAGUAUCACAAUUUAAUAAUGGUACUUAUGAAAUUAUAAUUGCAUCUGAUGAAAAAUCUUUAGAUGAGCCACACAAGAUAAAAGAAAAGAAGAGUAAAAGGAAGAAGGAUAAAGAAUCGGGUGUAGCACGUGGUAUAGAUUUUCAAUUUGUUUCCAAUGUCUUAAACUUUGAUUUUCCACUUGACAUCAACUCAUACAUACACAGAGCUGGUCGCACAGCUCGAGGUACCAAUGAAGGUUUUGUUAUAAACUUCAUUGCGAUAAGAGAACAACCAUUACUUGAGGAAGUCAAGGAUCAUCUCAAAGAUUAUUAUAAACAAGAGAAUGUAUUCCAAAAGUAUGAAUUUGAUCUUAAAGAAGCUGACGGAUUCAGGUAUCGAUCAAGAGAUGCUUGGAAAGCUGUUACACGUAUCGCAGUAAGAGAAGCACGUCUCAAAGAAAUAAAAGCUGAGGUGCUGAACUGUGAAAAGUUGAAAUCUUAUUUCCAAGAUAAUCCAAGAGAUCUUGAAUCUCUCAAACAAGACAAAGCUCUUCACACUGUAAAAUUGCAACCCCAUCUGAAAGAUGUCCCCUCGUACAUAGUGCCACCAUCGUUGAGAACUUUGGCUGGAUUCACCACCAAAGGUAAAAGGAAAUUUGACAGAACCAAGGAAGCCAGAACUAGUGCCAAAACCAAAUUCCAAUCGAGAGAGGGUAAUCCCUUGGCCAAAAAACGAAAACAUUGAAUGUUUUCCCUGUAAAGUAAUUGUACUUGUUUUUUUGUAAUAUAAUGUAAUGUUGAAAU